CUGGCGCAGGCGCAGACGCGGCCCGGGCGCGCAGCCGGCGUCUGUUGGCGGCGCGUGGGGCCGGCGCGCGGUUGCCGUGGGCAGGACCCGAGUGCAGGCAGCUAGAGCCGGCGCCAUGGUGGAGAAGGAGGAGGCCGGCGGCGGCAUCAGUGAGGAGGAGGCGGCGCAGUAUGACCGGCAGAUCCGUCUGUGGGGAUUGGAGGCCCAGAAACGGCUGCGGGCCUCGCGGGUGCUUCUCGUUGGCAUGAAAGGACUCGGGGCUGAAAUUGCCAAGAAUCUCAUUCUGGCAGGAGUGAAAGGACUGACCAUGUUGGAUCCUGAACAGGUAUCUCCAGAAGAUCCGGGAGCACAGUUCCUGAUCCGUGCUGGGUCUGUGGGCCGAAACAGGGCCGAAGCAUCUUUGGAGCGAGCCCAGAAUCUCAACCCCAUGGUGGAUGUGAAGGUGGACACUGAGAGUGUAGAGAAGAAACCGGAGUCCUUUUUCGCUCAGUUCGAUGCUGUUUGUCUGACUUGCUGCUCCAGGGAUGUCAUAGUUAAAGUUGACCAGAUCUGUCACAAAAAUAGCGUCAAGUUUUUCACAGGAGAUGUUUUUGGCUACCAUGGAUACACCUUUGCCAAUCUUGGAGAACAUGAAUUCGUAGAAGAGAAAACCAAAGUUGCCAAAGUUAGUCAAGGGGUAGAAGAUGGACCUGAUACCAAGAGAGCGAAACUUGAUUCAUCUGAAACAACUAUGGUCAAAAAGGCUUUGCUGGGCCACUUCCAUGAUCGGCCUUUGGAGUGCAAACGUUUCUACAAUGUCCGCACACCUAGGCCUGAAGAGCAGCAGAUGUCUGCCGGUCCGCAAGUGCAGCUGUUGAAGAAGGCGCAGGCCGAGGAAGGCCCGGGCCUGCGGCCAUCCCUGCCCUUGGGAGCCUGGCACGGAGAUGGGUGGUUGAAACCAGUCAGCGGGAAGCUGUGCGGAAUCCCGGCGCUGCUGGCCUUCGCCUCGGGAGUUACGAAGGGCGGCGGCUAG